CUAUAAAGAGCAACCAUGUCUUCAGAUUCUGAGAUGGCCAUCUUUGGGGAGGCAGCUCCCUACCUGAGAAAGUCAGAGAAGGAAAGAAUCGAAGCUCAGAACAAGCCUUUUGAUGCCAAGUCAUCUGUCUUUGUGGUACAUCCAAAGGAAUCUUUUGUGAAAGGGACAAUCCAGAGCAAAGAAUCAGGGAAGGUCACUGUCAAGACUGAAGGUGGAGAGACUCUGACUGUGAAGGAAGAUCAAAUCUUCUCCAUGAAUCCUCCCAAAUAUGAUAAAAUUGAGGACAUGGCCAUGAUGACCCAUCUCCACGAACCCGCUGUGCUGUACAACCUCAAAGAGCGUUAUGCAGCCUGGAUGAUCUACACAUACUCAGGUCUCUUCUGUGUCACUGUCAACCCCUACAAGUGGCUGCCAGUGUACAACCCGGAGGUGGUGUUGGCCUACCGAGGCAAAAAGCGCCAGGAGGCCCCUCCACACAUCUUCUCCAUCUCUGACAAUGCCUAUCAGUUCAUGCUGACUGACCGUGAGAAUCAGUCAAUCCUGAUCACUGGAGAAUCUGGUGCAGGGAAGACUGUGAACACAAAGCGUGUCAUCCAGUACUUUGCAACAAUUGCAGCUAGUGGGGAGAAGAAGAAGGAGGAGCAGCCUGGCAAAAUGCAGGGGACACUCGAGGAUCAAAUCAUCAGUGCCAACCCCUUGUUGGAGGCCUUUGGUAAUGCCAAGACUGUGAGGAACGACAACUCCUCACGCUUUGGCAAAUUCAUUCGAAUCCACUUCGGGGCCACAGGCAAACUGGCUUCUGCUGACAUUGAAACUUAUCUGCUGGAGAAGUCCAGAGUCACUUUCCAGCUCAAGGCAGAAAGAAGCUACCACAUAUUUUAUCAGAUCAUGUCAAACAAGAAGCCAGAGCUGAUUGACAUGCUUCUCAUUACCACCAACCCAUAUGACUACCAAUUUGUUAGUCAAGGUGAGAUCACUGUUCCCAGCAUUAAUGACCAGGAGGAGUUGAUUGCUACUGAUAGUGCCAUUGACAUCCUGGGCUUCACUGCUGAUGAAAAGACUGCCAUCUACAAGCUGACAGGGGCUGUCAUGCACUAUGGGAACUUGAAGUUCAAGCAGAAACAGCGAGAGGAGCAGGCAGAGCCAGAUGGCACAGAAGUUGCUGACAAGGCUGCCUACCUGAUGGGUUUGAACUCAGCAGACUUGCUCAAGGCACUGUGCUACCCCCGAGUCAAAGUUGGGAAUGAGUAUGUGACCAAGGGUCAAACCGUGCAGCAGGUGAACAAUGCAGUGGGUGCUCUAGCAAAAGCUGUCUAUGAGAAGAUGUUCUUAUGGAUGGUUGUUCGCAUCAACCAGCAGCUUGAUACGAAGCAGCCCAGGCAGUACUUCAUUGGUGUCCUGGACAUUGCUGGCUUUGAGAUCUUUGAUUUCAACAGCCUGGAGCAGCUGUGCAUCAACUUCACCAAUGAGAAACUGCAGCAGUUCUUCAACCACCACAUGUUUGUGCUGGAGCAGGAGGAGUACAAGAAGGAAGGAAUUGAAUGGGAGUUCAUUGACUUUGGAAUGGACCUGGCUGCUUGCAUUGAGCUCAUUGAAAAACCCAUGGGCAUCUUUUCUAUCCUGGAAGAGGAGUGCAUGUUCCCCAAGGCAACUGACACCUCUUUCAAGAACAAGCUCUAUGACCAACAUCUGGGCAAGUCCAACAAUUUCCAGAAGCCCAAGCCUGGCAAAGGCAAGGCUGAGGCCCACUUCUCCCUGGUGCACUAUGCCGGCACAGUGGACUACAACAUCUCUGGCUGGCUUGAGAAGAACAAGGAUCCCCUGAACGAAACUGUCAUUGGACUGUACCAGAAGUCAUCUGUAAAAACACUGGCCUUACUUUUUGCCUCUGCUGGUGGAGAAGCAGAGGCUAGUGGUGGUGGUGGCAAGAAAGGUGGCAAGAAGAAGGGUUCUUCUUUCCAGACUGUCUCAGCUCUUUUUCGGGAGAACUUAAAUAAACUGAUGACCAAUCUACGGAGCACUCACCCCCAUUUUGUCCGCUGCAUCAUACCAAAUGAAACAAAAACACCUGGUGCCAUGGAACACGAACUGGUACUACACCAGCUGCGUUGUAAUGGUGUUCUGGAAGGGAUACGAAUUUGCAGGAAGGGAUUCCCCAGCAGAGUCCUCUAUGCAGACUUUAAACAGAGGUACAAGGUGCUUAAUGCCAGUGCCAUCCCAGAGGGACAGUUCAUUGAUAGCAAAAAGGCUUCUGAGAAGCUUCUGGGGUCAAUUGAUGUGGAUCACACCCAGUACAGAUUUGGCCACACCAAGGUGUUCUUCAAAGCUGGGCUGCUGGGACUCCUGGAGGAGAUGAGGGAUGAGAAGCUGGCACAGCUCAUCACUCGCACGCAGGCCAGGUGCAGAGGCUUCCUGAUGAGAGUGGAGUACCAGAGAAUGGUGGAGAGGAGGGAGUCCAUCUUCUGCAUCCAGUACAAUGUUCGUGCAUUCAUGAAUGUCAAGCACUGGCCCUGGAUGAAGCUGUUCUUCAAGAUCAAGCCCUUGCUGAAGAGUGCAGAAUCUGAGAAGGAAAUGGCCAACAUGAAAGGGGAGUUUGAGAAAACCAAGGAAGAGCUUGCAAAGUCUGAGGCAAAGAGAAAG